AUGCCGUCCGAAUCAUACUUUGAUGAGGAAUCUGUCUCUGAUUCUCAACGAUUACUUUCUACAUACUCGCAAUCAACUGAGGACUAUGAAACUGACGAAAAGUAUUUAGUAAAGGAGAAAAGUUUACGAAAAAAGAACUUUAAUUGGACCUGUCUUGGAUUUCUAUUGAUAUUGGUUAUUGUUGUCUUAUUAUGGGUUACAUCCAUCACACAGCUAUUGGUAGAAUUCAGUACAUCUGUGAAUACUGAGGACAUACCAAAAACGGAUUCAAAGCGUUUAGAAUUUGAUGAUGUCUUCAACUCUUCCUUCACAGUUAAAAGAGCAAGUUUAGUCUGGGUUGAGAAUGAUCCUAGAGACGGAAUUUAUACUUUUAGAGAUCCAGUUUCUAAUGAUAUCUUGAUUGAAUCUAUUGAAGAUAGAAAAAGUGAAGUCUUUGUAGAAGCCAAGGACCUUAGAAUCAAAGAUCGUCUUCUUGAUGUUCACUCCUUUGACCUAUCACAUGACUCUAAAUACCUUUUAUUGAGAACAAAUGUUACUAAACAAUGGAGACACUCAUAUUUAUCCAGCAUAUACAUUUACCGCAGAUCAGAUAAAGCACUCUUCCCUCUAACCAAUACCUCCACUGUAGACACUGAACCAAAAAUUGCUUAUGCUGCAUGGAGUCCUACUGGCCACAAAGUUGCUUAUGUCAUGAAUAAUGAUAUUUAUGUCACAGAUUUGAAGAGUCAUUAUAGAAUCACAUUCGACGGUUCAAAGACUGUGUUUAAUGGUGUACCUGAUUGGGUCUAUGAAGAGGAAGUAUUUGCUACAAAUUUUGCUCUUUGGUGGUCUCCAGAUUCUACACAUAUUGCCUUUUUAAAAUUAGACGAGACAGAGGUGCCUGAAUAUCAUCUGCAGCUAUAUACAGCGUCCGGAUCAAGUUACCCCAAAGAGACAAAUAUCAAGUAUCCAAAAGCAGGAUCACCCAAUCCAAUUGUUUCCCUACAUGUUCAUUCUUUUUUAACAAACACAACAGUUGAUGUUACAACUAGUAGUGAAGACAACACCAUCCUACAUGCAAAUCAAUAUAAAGACUUUGCUAAAAACGAUCGCUUGAUUGUUGAUGUUGCUUGGUGUACCUCGGCACAUAGCCAUUUGCUGUUUAAACAAACAAAUAGAGUACAGGAUCACCAGUUCACUAACCUUGCUGUGCUUGACCCUUUGGACAUUGGAAACUCUACAGUGCACAAGAUCCAAGAAUACAAGCCAAAGGAUAAAGGAUGGAUCGAUAUCGCUCAAUCUAUGGUCUACUUGCCAUCUAACAAGAGCGAUCGUGUACAGUUUCUUGAUAUUGCUGAUAAUGAGGAAGGCUUCCCUCAUUUGGCUAUAGUGACUGUUAAAGAUAAUGGUCAUACUCAAGUCUCUUGGUUGACUUCUGGAGAAUGGGAAGUUGUCUCUGGAACUGUUGAAGUAGACCCAGUGCGUCAACUUGUACACUUUAUUUCAACUGAGAGAUCACCCUAUGAACGUCAUUUGUACAGUAUUUCAUUGAAAGAAGAAUACCCCGCUUCGUCCAAAGUAUGUAUCACAUGUCCUAAUAGCCCUGACGAGCACGCAUACUAUUCAGUUUCAUUCUCUCCCAAAUCUGGCUAUUAUAUCUUGAAUUAUGAAGGUCCUGGUAUUCCAAAUACGGUUGUUAAGAAAGUCAACGAUACCUCUUUCAAGGCAGUACUAGAAGAUAACCUUGAUUUACGAUUACUUUUACGAGAUUACGAUCUUCCCAAGAUGCAUAUGAAAACUAUUACAAGUGAUGAUGUCGAAAUGACUGCGAUGGAAGUUGUUCCUCCUGAUUUUGAUGCAAGCAAAAAGUACCCAGUAUUGUUCCAUGUUUAUGGUGGCCCUGGUUCGCAGCUUGUUUCAUACAAGUUUGAACUAAGCUGGCAAACGUUUGUCGCUAGUCAAUUAGGAUUCGUUGUUGUUACUGUAGACGGAAGAGGUACGGGAUUUAGAGGCAGAGAUUACAGAGUUGGUGUCAGAGGAAGACUAGGAGAGCUUGAGGUGAUCGAUCAAGUCAAUGCUGGAAGACACUGGGCAAGUUUGGAUUACGUUGAUGAGUAUCGUAUGGCUAUUUGGGGAUGGUCCUACGGCGGUUAUAUGACCACCAGAGUCCUUGAAGCGAACAGUGGUGUGUUCUCCACCGGUAUGGCUGUAGCUCCGGUUACUGAUUGGAGAUUCUAUGAUUCUGUAUACACUGAACGUUAUAUGUUGACUCCAAAAUUGAAUCCUCAAGGCUAUAAUCGUAGCGCAGUGAAUAACAUGGCAGGAUUUAAAAAUGCCAAGUAUCUUCUCGUACAUGGAACAGGGGAUGAUAAUGUUCAUUUCCAACAUAGUGCAACAUUAGUUGAUAAACUGACAUUAGCAGAUAUUCACAACUACCGUGUUCACUUCUUUACAGACAGUGAUCAUGCGAUCAAUUACCACAAUGCCAAUAGAAAUGUGUAUUAUAUACUGACUGAAUUUUUAUUGGAGAGUUUUGGUGGACAUCAAUAUAAGCACAUUUACAGUGAAGCAAACGGCAAGUUUUCAGGCCCUUUACCAGAAGAACAUUAA